UAAAAUAUACGAGUCACAAGUUCAUUUGGCUGAAGGACGUAGAGUAGCUGGAAACACUAUCAAAUUCAGAUCAAUAUGAACUGUUUACGUAAAAUUACCAACACACUUAAGCCAAGUAAGCUUAACUUAAGAAGCUUCUCGGUUACUUCUCAGCUCAAAAAAGAUGAUUCUGCUACAACUCAUUUACCUCUUUCUAUGCUCUCAGAAGAUGAAAUUAUGAUGAAAGAGACAGUUGCUAGAUUGGCGAAGGAACAAAUUGGACCGUAUGUUAAAGAAAUGGAAGAAGAAGGCAAAUUCAAGAAACCAGUUCUGGACCUAUUGUUCAGUAACGGGCUUAUGGGAGUUGAAAUACCUAUCGAGUAUAACGGAUCCGGAUGCAAUUUCAUGACGACUAUUCAGGUCAUAGAAGAAUUAUCCAAGGUUGAUCCAGCUGUUGCUGUUCUUGUAGAUAUACAAAACACAUUGGUAAAUGCUGUUAUCAUGAAGUUGGGAACCAAGGAGCAAAAGGAAAAAUACUUACCUCAGUUGGCUACUGGAAUGGCAAGCAGUUUCGCCUUGUCGGAAACAUCUUCAGGAACAGAUGCUUUCGCUUUAAAAACUAUCGCCAAGAAGGAUGGUUCUGAUUACAUCUUGAACGGUUCCAAAAUGUGGAUUUCCAAUUCAGACGUUGCUGGAUUAUUUUUGGUGAUGGCAAAUGCUAAUCCAAGCGAAGGAUAUAGAGGUAUUACGUGUUUCCUCGUGGAGAGAGAUACACCCGGAUUCACUGUGGCUAAGCCGGAGAAGAAGCUUGGUAUUUGCGCUUCCGGUACUUGCAUGUUGAACUUCGACAAUGUUCGCGUUCCGGAGAGCGCUAUCCUGGGCGAAUUUGGCAAAGGGUAUAAAUAUGCUGCAGGAUUCUUGAACGAAGGAAGGAUAGGUAUUGCUGCUCAGCAAUUAGGUAUUGCUCAAGGUUGUCUGGAUGCCACGAUACCCUACACCUUGGAGAGGCAACAAUUCGGAACUCCCAUUUACAAUUUCCAAGGAAUGCAACAUCAAAUCGCUCAAAUUUCGACACAAAUCGAAGCAGCUCGUUUACUUAUUUACAAUGCAGCGAGACUGGUGGAGCAGAAGCAACCGUUCACGAAACAAGCCGCGAUGGCAAAAUAUUUUUCAGCUGAGGUGGCACAACAGACUACCAUCAAGUGCAUCGACUGGAUGGGAGGUGUCGGAUUUACCAAGGACUUCCCUCAGGAGAAAUUCUACAGGGAUUGUAAGGUUGGAAGCAUCUAUGAGGGAACCUACAACAUUCAGCUGACAACAAUCGCUAAGCAUUUGAAAAAUGAGUACAAUAACUAAAACUGAUCUCUCGCAUUAUAAAUUACUUCCGCAAUUGGAAGGAUAAGUUUUAUUCCAAAAUGAGCUGUUUUUAUCUACAAAAUAUAAUUAAUUUUAA